AUGAUCCAGACAUUAGAAGAUAUGCUAAGAGGCUGUGUGCUCGACUUUCCAGGAUCGUGGAAUGCAAAGAUGCCAUUGAUGGAUUUUGCUUAUAAUAACAGUUAUCACGACUCCAUUAAGAUGGCACUAUACAAAGCCCUAUACUGGAGAAAGUGUCGAUCCCCAAUUCAUUGGCAUGAAGUGGGUGAAAGAUCAUUCUUAGGAUAUAAUGAGAUUGAUCAGGUUACAGAGGACAUCGAGAAGAUACGAGAAAGAUUACAGACCUCUGUUGAUCAACAAAGAAAAUAUGUAGAUUUGACCAGGAGACCUUUAUUGUUUGAGGCCAGAGAUAAAAGUAUUCCUGAAGGUAGCACCUUUGAUAAGAGCCUUGCAGUUUGGAAAGAAAGGGAAAUUAAGUCCGAGGUUCGUAGGACCUUUCAAAAUACUGGAGAGAAUCGAAGAAGUCGCCUACCAAUUAGCUGUCCACCUGCUUUGGCUCGGGUGCAUGACAUAUUCCACGUAUUUAUGUUAAGGAAAUACGUGGAAGACCCUUGUCAUGUACUCAGUUACAAGAAACUGGAUGUAGUUAAAAAAUUGUGCUACGAAGAAAAGCUGAUUAUAAUUUUGGAUCGAAAAGAUAAGGUGUUACGUAAUAAGACCAUACUCUUACUCAACAUAUCGUGGAGUAACCACAAAGUAGAAGAAGUAGCUAGGGAACCUGAGGAGCAGAUGAAAGAGUUAUACUUGCAAUUGUUUUAA